ACACACACACACGGAAUGAAAGCCUGCUCCCCUUCAGCAGCGCACAGACCUGAACGACAGAACCUGGUGUUUAACAUGUAUCUCUCAGAUCCGACAGAAAAUUUACUGAAGGAAAGUAAAAGUUCGUCUUGGAGUCCCAUCAAUGCAGGAGUACAGAAAGGAAGUGGUCAGAUUCAGCUGUGGCAGUUUCUCCUGGAGCUUCUUUCGGACAGCUCUAACGUGUCAUGUAUUGCGUGGGAGGGAGCGAGUGGCGAGUUCAAGCUGACCGACCCGGAUGAGGUGGCUCGGCGCUGGGGGGCACGCAAGAGCAAACCCAACAUGAACUACGACAAGCUGAGCCGCGCCCUGCGCUACUACUAUGACAAAAACAUCAUGAGCAAAGUUCAUGGCAAGCGCUACGCCUACAGAUUUGACUUCCGGGGCCUUGCGCAGGCCUGUCAGCCUGCUUCCUCUGCCACCUCAUCCUCCUCUUCCUCUGAGGCCCUUUACACGCUCCACACCAAUUUCACCUCCAUUCCAUUCUCAGGAAUCUCCAAGCUGAACCUGGUGGCUCCUGGCGUCGGUCCUCACGGCUUUCCUUACUGGACCGGAUCUGGACCUGCACUGUAUCCAAGUCACGGCCUGCAGCCGCCUGCGCAUUUCAGUGCAGCGCACAUCAGCUGCGUGAACAACAUCAACCACCUCAACAACAUCAACAAUCACUAUAACUGAGGGGGCAGAGCCAUAUGGGUAUCAGAAUUUUCUAGAAAUGGCUAGUCAAGGUGACUGGAUUUGUAGCUAAUCUUAAAAAGUUUCUCCCUGCCUCUGAUCUCCUCUGAUUACAAUAACAAAUCCGCUCACUUUAACGUGCGCUACCUCUGUGCUAAUAGAUUUCUAACCCAGGCCUCUGUAAACAUCGUUAGCAUAAACUCUGAAUGCCGGCUAACUGCAAAUCCAGCCACAACGUCACAGACUUUGUGAACAAUUAGAAGUUGCAGGAUCACCAUUUAGCAGAAUAAUUAGUAUUAAAAGUGUAAAUAAUUAGCAGGUUGUGUAGUAGCCUAGUACGCAAUGUUGCCAUAGCAACAUGCCAGUGAGCUAAACAACAUAAACAACAACUCAGCUGGAAUGUAUUUAUUAAAGCCUGAUGCACACGUGUGUGAACAAUAUAACAAUGUUAACCAGAAAACAUUCAAAAAUGUUAUUAGCAACUUUUAUGGCUAAGCAUUUUAGACAGUUGCAUGCUAAUGAACGUAGCCUGGUCACAUAAACAAUAAAGACGUUGCUAUAGAAACAUUUCCAGGUUUUUUUGUAGCAUGUUGCACUGAUAUUAGGAUACAAGGCCUGGGUGUGGAAUGAGGAUAAAAUCUGGAACAAAUGAAGAAUUGUAAAUAAAUGAAGCUCUGAAGCUGAUGUUCUGCUGCUUCUCACUGAAUUCUAUCUUACUGAUAAUCCAUUUUCUUACAUUUAUGCUAAAGUGAAUUAAAGCUCAUCGGUUUGAUACAAAAUGUGCAGAAUUGUUUUCUGAUUAUUGAAAAAUCAGUCAGUGGAGCUGCUCAGUGUCAACGCUCAUUAAGCGUCACCAACAUUAAUAAACAAGACUUAUUGUUGUCUCUACAGCACAUAAGCAAUGUUCAAGCUGAUCUCUUUAUAAUCGAUAGAAUUCAUACAUUAUGUAGAAAGAAGAAAACAGAAAUAUUGGGAUAAAUAAACACAGUGUAGUUUCACACCUCGUUUUGGGCUAAAAUAACAUUUAUAUCAUACAAUUAAUCCCAUCAUGUUUUUGUUUUGGUAAAUUUAGAAUUAAAACCUGCUCGAUGAUCAGAAA